AUGCAAAAGAAUAUCACGCUUGACACGAUCCACCGCAGGCUAGGCUCCAUUCACCUUGCUUGGCACGUCACUUUUUCCGGUAUCUAUUCUUGUUCAUUCACGCCUUAUGUUGUGAAUUUGUACGCUUUGUAUCCCGAUGCAUGCAUUGCCUCUUCCCUCAGUUGCGUGGGCAGAUUUGGACUUGCGAAACUGCUCUAUAGAAUCGACAUGCUCCUCAACCGAUUGGAUAGCAUCAACGCUGGUGCCGUCACGUUUCCAAGUGAUAUCGUUUUUAGCAUCACCAGGUUAAACGCCCACAAAAGACCUGAAACGGCCAAGCAGACCGUUCUAGUCAAUGAUGUUGUGCUUUCACCAAUGUCGAACUUUUCGACAUUCAAAAUAUUACACCACAAGCCUUCGUACUGCGACCAAUUCUUAUUUAUGAUCGUUUGGGACUCGAGUCAUGCGUUUCAGCUACCGGUUGAGAGAAUUGUGACGAAUAUUCAUGGCGAUACUGGAGAGUGCAAGGCAACACUGAUUUUGGGCUGUGCACCCGGGGUAGUGAUUGUUCUAUUACGGGCGUGCUACUACAUUGAUGAUGUGGCUUGGAGUGCCACGCUGGACGUUCGAGAUAAAGCGCUGGCUUCAGAGGAAUACCUGCCUUGA